AUGUCUGCCGUCAAUCGAAGCCUCCGAGCAGUUUCCCGCAAGAUCUCGGUCCCCAGACGGAGCACCUCGUCGUUGACUUGUGCUACUGCUGUUGGUUACAGGCGCUGCAUCACCGCUGCGCCCAGGGUCGGAGCCGCUAGCUUUUCCACCAGUGCUAGGAGGCAGUUUGCCUUUACUUCCACCAUGGCGUCUGAGAAGAACGACUAUGAUCCCGAGAUCACCGACAUUGCUGGUUAUGUCCACAACUACAAGAUUGACUCCGAGCUCGCUUUCGACACUGCGAGAUGGGUGUUCAUCGACACCCUCGGCUGCGGUCUUGAGGCCCUUAACUUCCCCGAGUGCACCAAGCUUCUCGGUCCCACCGUUCCCGGAACCGUUGUCCCCAGCGGCUCCCGCGUUCCUGGAACUCCCUUCGAGUUGGACCCCGUCAAUGGUGCCUUCAACAUCGGUGCCAUGAUCCGAUGGCUCGACUACAACGACUGCUGGCUCGCCGCUGAGUGGGGCCAUCCCUCUGACAACCUCGGUGCCAUCCUCGCCGUUGCCGACUGGGUCACCCGCACCAACAAGGCCGGUGGCAACAUUGCCGGCGGCAAGACCUUCACCGUCCGUGACGUCCUCGAGGGCAUGAUCAAGGCCCACGAGAUCCAGGGCUGCCUCGCCCUCCUCAACUCGUUCAACCGCGUUGGUCUCGACCACGUCGUCCUCGUCAAGGUCGCCUCCACUGCCGUCGUCUCCAAGAUGCUCGGCCUCUCCGAGUCCCAGACCGCCGACGCCAUCACCCAGGCGUGGGUUGACGGCCAGUCCCUCAGGACCUACAGGCACUCCCCCAACACCAUGUCUCGAAAGAGCUGGGCUGCUGGUGAUGCUUGCCAACGUGCCGUGAACCUUGCCCUCAAGGUCCUCAAGGGCGAGAAGGGUAUCCCCACCGUCCUCUCCGCUCCUACCUGGGGCUUCUACGAUGUCCUCUUCAAGGGCAACAAGUUCGAGUUCCAGAGGCCCUACGGCAGCUACGUCAUGGAGAACGUCCUCUUCAAGGUCUCCUACCCCGCCGAGUUCCACUCCCAGACCGCCGUCGAGGCUUCGCAGAAGAUCCACGCCAUCCUCAAGGCCCAGGGCAAGAGCGCCGCCGACAUCAAGGCCAUCACCUGCCGAACCCACGAGGCCUGCAUCCGCAUCAUCGACAAGCAGUUCAAGCCCAUGGACAACUUCGCCGACCGUGACCACUGCAUCCAGUACAUGUGCUCCGUCAUGCUCACCUUCGGCCGCCUCGAGGCCACCGACUACGUCGACGGAUCCGAGGCCGCCACCUCGCCCCUCGUCGAGUCCCUCCGCAAGCGCAUCACCUGCGUUGAGGACCCCCAGUUCACCAAGGACUACCACAACCCCGAGCUCCGCACCAUCUCCAACGCCCUCACCGUCGAGCUCAACGACGGCACCAUCCUUGAUGAGGUCGUUGUCGAGGCUCCUCUCGGCCAUAGGCUCAGGAGGGAGGAGGCUAAGCCUGAGAUUCUCGCCAAGUACAAGAGGCACCUUGCUCCUCACUACUCUGCCGAUAAGGUGAAGCAGCUUGUUGACCUCGGUGUUGAUGGAAAGACUUUGGAUGCUAUGAGCGUUGAUGAGUAUGUUGAUCUCUAUGUUGUUAAGGAUAAGAAGUUUUAA